AUGUCACAAAAUCAAUCUAAUGAAACACCUGAAACACCUAAACGUGGUUUUUCAAUGUCCUUUCAAUCAAGCAAAACAAAGAUCGUAGGAAGUAAAACAUUUAUAAAGAAACGUAGACUAACAGACGAUCAAGAAGAAACCGAACAGAAAUCAAAGGUUGAAUACAUUACUGUGUUUGAAGAUAUAAAAUCCAAAGGUCUCAAUUCCAAGAGAAAAGGAUCGAAUCGAUCAAAUUCAUCCAAACAAGAUACAAAGAAUAAAAAAGAUUCUGAAGACAUAGCUCCGGAAUUCUUGACAAAUAAUUCGGGGUUAUCUUUUGGUUUAAAUGUUAUGAAGAAACCUACCAAGGAUCCGAAUGAAAAGCGAGAGAGCAUAUUGGAAAAGAUUAAAGAUUUUAAGUAUAAUCAACAGGAAGAGCAACUGGAAGAUAAACAAGAUACCGAUAGCAUAUCGAAUGAAAAGGUUGAAUCUGAAAAGUCAUUAAAAGAACAAGCUUUUGAAGCACUUUUAAAAAAACUCGAAAAGGAGGAGACUCCGGAGGAAAGAGUAGAAAGAAAGUCAUCAUUUAAGGUCUAG